GGAACAUGAAGGGAGGGUCUUCUACAGAGAAAAUGGGUAUAAACACAAGUAUGUCCAGAGAUUACAAACAGUGAGUAUGACCACAUGCCACCUGGUAACAUGCCAGACAUGAGCACACGAUCACUCGAGUCAUCUUAAGUUAUUAAAAUGACCUCAAAGCAUUUGGAAACGGUUAGGCAUCCACUGAGAGAAAAGUGCCAUGGAAAAGCUAGAAGAAAGCAAAUGUUCUUUGAGCCGAAGAAAAGAAGGGUCUGCACAGAAUUGAGAAAAACAUGUUCUCGCUUGGCGGCACGGAGCAGAAGGAAGAAGGAGAGUCAGCUGUUCGAGGAGUUAACUGCUCUUCUGCCUCUAGGCCCGAAUAUGGACGGAAAGCGAGACAAAGCUUCAGUCAUACGUCUCACAAUCGCUUACCUUCACCUGAGGGGUCUUCUGAACACACCAGACAACUGUACACAGUCCUCUCCUCCUUCACCAGGAGUAUCGGCUAAAUCUCAUGAGAGGGAGUUGCUAGAUUCUGCCCUCGGAGGGUUUGUGGUUUUGUUGUCUUUGAAUGGCACGGUCAUCUUCACCACUAAGGGCGUAACUACACACACUGGAAUAAACCAGAUGGAUUGGAUCGGGAGGAGUUUGUUUGAGUUCUUGCAUCCGUGUGAUCACAUGGAGGUCAAAGACAUCCUCACGAGCCUGAUGGGAAACCAAGGACAGCAGGAAUGUGAAGUGCUCCUCAGAAUAAAAAGUGUGAUGAAUCAGAAGCUGACUCCUUGGAAAAUUAUUCAGUGUACUGGAAAGAAAAAGACGUUGGCUACACUUGGAUCCAGUUGCCUAGUUCUUCAGUGCAGGGUUCUGCCCAUGCAGGAGAUCACUGAACUGGAUGCAGCGCUGAAUACAUGUACGUUUAUGAGCGUACACAGCCCAGACAUGAAGUUCACCUACUGCCACUCAAGGGUUGUGAAGUUGACCGGCUUUCGAGACACAGAGUUCUUGGGUCAAUCCGUGUACCAGUACUAUCAUCCAUCUGACUGCCAGCAAAUCCGCAAGGCACACAUUUGCUUGCUCUCCAAGGGUCAGGUGUCGACUGGGAAAUAUCGGCUGCUGCACAGGCACGGUGGCUAUGUUUGGGCAGAGACAGACGCGUCAGUGGUGUGCAACAGUUGUACUGGUGUGCCAGAGUGUGUCGUCUGCAUCAAUUACAUUCUUAGUGGAGUGGAGCAGCCUGAUUUAGCAUUUUUACUGGAGCAGACAGAACAAGUUCUGAAGCCAAAGGAUUCACUUUACCCAGAAGGCCUUAGAACCAAAUCAACUGAGCACAGUAUUCCUACAAUACUCCUAAAGCAAAGAGAGGGUGACAUACAGGAAGUUCAUGGCUGCAGAGAGAUCACACAUAAUACAGAAGAGUGCUGCAUUUUCAAUUGUGAUCUGUGUGAGUUAGACUUGGACAGUCUGGCUCCAUACAUUCCCAUGCAUGGAGAGGACUUCCUGUUAACUCCCAUUUUAGACGGGACGGUGGACAGUGACGAACUAAAUGAGUGUGGAGUCGGACCAUCAUUCAACAGUCCACAUCAAAAACUGGACCCUCGGUUGCAGAAUUCAGAGGGAACAGUCUUUCUACCUACGAAGAGCCUGACACAUACCCAACAAAGUGUCAGUCAUUAUUUUCUAACAAACAAGAUCGCUGAUACUAACCUGAUAACAGCCAAGCAGUUGAAUGAAAGCUUAGAUCUUGUGAACAGAAUUUCAAAGGUUUAUAAUUGUAAGCAGCAUAAUUAUCAACUAUUCUCAACUGAAAACACGACAUAUCAUUGGAGGGAAGAUGCACUGAAAUUUUCACAACAACCCAACAGAACAUACUGGAACAUUGAUGGAUCAAUACCGAGGCCAUGUCGCAGAGGCCUGAAUCCACUUGGAUCAAAGUUCAGAUCGCUUCUGGAGAAUCCAAUGCGUCAUCCACAGAACAGAAAACACCAUGCUGAUGUAAAAACGGACCCAGCACCUUUGACUCUACCUAUUUUGAGUGGGUGGGAGUGUGAGGUCAAUGCUCCUCUUGACCCCACAUCAUAUUUGCUCCAAGGGACAGAAAUUAUAGCUGUUCUGGACCAAGUGGCCACAAGAGUACCUUGGUGCUGAUACAAAACAAAAUACCAGUAAUCACACCAACAAGCAUUGCCUUAGUGUACAUUACUUAAACCUGAGUGAUGGGCGUAAAGUUUUGGAGCAAAGCUUGGGCUUUGUGCUUUAAACGACUCUUUUCUAAAGUCACAGCACAAGUAGUACAGUAGUGGCCAAAAGUUAUGUCCGGCCUAGAAACAUUUACAUUUUAAUGUUACUUAAUAAUUGUAACAGAUUUUCUAAGUAUAUUGCAUAGUUGUGCUUGAAGUCAAUUGUUUUAUUCGUGAUAACGCAGUGAAACAUGCCAAAUUGUAUGGACAUCAUUUAGAACACAUGCAAAAAAGUGUUAUUAAUAUUAAAUAUUAAUGACUGAUUAUGUUGUAUAGUCAAUGUAAGCUUUUUGUUUUUCUAUGCACUUUUUUGCAUAGUAAAAUAAAACCUGUAGCUGU